UAGGGGGACAUGCACACAUACACACACAAUUGAUCCUCUCCGCCUUCAUAGCUUCACGCUGUACAAGUUUGUGUAGUACGAAGCCUACGGUGGUGAAGCAAAUAGGAGCAUGCAGUUAUCGUUACCAUCCUGUGAGUGAGCUGCAAUGGUUCCAUGACGUGUUGUGUGACAGAGCGAGUGCAUCGCUUAGCUCCAGUGUGCAGUUUGAGGAAAGUGUCAGGUAUGCCAGGGCGUCAUUAGAUGUUGGAAUCCUGACCACAUCAUCAUCCCAUUUGUGUGUGUGUGUGUGUGUGGAAUCCUGGACGAGAUGACGGCAUCGUCUGCUGGCACAGCAAAACGAACAAUAACUGCUCUCCCAGCGAACUGUGUGAACAGAUGGUUGAUGAACUGUCGUACGCCCCUUACCACAAGUUCGAAACUCUGGGUGUGAACGCGCAUAUCGAAGGUGUAUGUGGAGAAAUACUGCGAGCCGUUACAAGUUCUUUGAGGAUGAAUUAUACCUUGUUCUCACCACCGGGAGCAUCCUGGGGACUCAGGAAACCAGACGGCAACUGGACCGGACUUAUUGGAAUGCUGCAACAGGAUGAGAUCGACGUUGGUCUAUCUGUGAUCAAUCCAACGAGCGAGAAGGCGGAUGUGGCUGUGGCUACUCACACAACCAUUGCCAUUGAAAUCCUCAUUUUAGCGGGCAGGAUGAAACGAGAGAACAGCAGUAUCUAUGAUACCGUUCAGAUCUUCUCUUGGCAGGUGUGGUGCUGUUUUAUUGGCUGUAUCCUAGCAUGCUCCAUUAUGAGCACUUGUAGCAGCGUCGUCGCAUCAUCUGAUGGGUCAACAAGUAACAGGAGGAACAACUGGCUGUCCAUUUUCUGGCGGCAUCUUUGGGACUUCAUUGGGAACAGCCUUUUGGAAUCCUCCCCUACGAUGCCUCGUGGAACAGCUGCGAGGAUUGUGGUUUCUGUCUUUUGGAUCGUGGUAGUGGUGUUGUCCACUGCCUUUGCUGGACAGAUGAAAGCCAUGAUGAUGGUGAAGAAGGAGACGGACAGGAUAGACACCAUAAAGGACCUCUCCGAGAGGCCUAACGUCAGACCUUAUGUCCCAAAAGGAAGCGCUGUGGAAUCACUUUUGCAGAUGCGCCGUUGGCAGCGGUCUCUGGUCAAGAAGGUUCGCGUGCACAGCUCCCUUGCCCCAGCAGUUAACGAGGAGCUAAAACACGGCAGCCCCGAAGUAUGUCGUCCUGUGGAGGGCGCGAAGGCCUUCGAAGAGAUACCUGGUCCAAAACCACUUCCUAUCAUUGGGAAUAUCUGGAGGUACCUUCCCGGAAUAGGAGAGUAUGACCUGACCCACAUGCACCGCAAUGCUCAGCUGCUGUUCAAGCGGUACGGUCCCCUGGUACGUGAGGUCAUCGUCGGCGACCGGGUCGUCGUCCAUGUCUUCGAUCCUCGGGACAUGGAGCAGGUGUUCCGGCACGAAGGGCGGUACCCGUCUCGUCUGUCACACCGAGCGUUACUCAAGUACCGCCUAGAGAGACCACAACAGUACUCCAGCGGUGGAAUGUUUCCUUCGAAUGGUGAAGAAUGGCUGCGACUCCGACACAUGUUUCAGAAGCCUCUGAUGCAGCACAAGGCUAUGAAUGUGUACAUGAGGCCACUACAAGAGAUAACCUGUGAAGUUGCGCACCUAAUUCGAAAGGCGAGAAACGGUACAUCCAUGGAAAUGGAAGAUUUCCUCAAGGAACUCUACAGCUGGGCGCUUGAGUGUACCGGGGUCCUGGUGCUCAAUAGCCGGCUUGGAUGCCUUCGACAAAAUCUAAAGCAUGGCUCAGAGGCGCAGCGGUUAGUGGAAGCUGCUGCUGAGACACACCGCAUCGUCAUGGUAACCGAAAACGGGCUCCCGUUAUGGAAGUUGUUUAACACACCGACGUACAAAAAGCUCGUCGAAACGCAAGACUUCAUGGCGAGUGUUGUCCUCAAGUACUUGAAGAAGGCUCAACAGGAAGUUGGACCGGAAGACUCGGAAGAAACCAGGACGAUACUGGAAAAGUUCCUGUGCAACCCUGAAAUCGACUUCAGGGACGUCUUCACUAUGGCUGUUGACAUGUUUCUCGCAGGAAUUGAUACAACUGCUUACUCCACGGCGUUCAUGCUGUACCACUUGUCAACGAACCCGCGAUGCCAAGAAAGGCUGUGUGAAGAGUUGACGGGACUGAUGCCGUCUCCCGAAUCUCAUCUUGACCUCAACCAGCUGGCGAACGCACCAUACCUCCGUGCAUGCAUCAAGGAGAGCCUCAGGAUGAACCCAAUUGCUAUAGGAAUUGGAAGGAUUCUCCCAGAGGACGUCGUACUCUCUGGAUUCAACGUUCCCGCAGGCACUCUGCUCAUCACUCACAACCAAGCAGCUUGCCGACACGAAGUGAACUACGAGGAUCCAGACGCGUUCCGGCCAGAGAGGUGGAUCAAGGAACAGAACUCCGCUGCUCGUGCACACCCUUUCUGCUCCUUGCCGUUUGGCUAUGGUCCACGCAUGUGCGUCGGGAGGAGGUUUGCCGAGACCGUCAUGAGCCUGCUAUUGGCUAGACUCAUCCGCACCUUCGAGGUCAGCUACAGGCACGAAGAAAUCGACUGCUUCACGCGCCUCAUCAAUGUGCCCGACAAGCCGCUCAAACUCGCUUUCAGAGAUCGCCUGUAAAGUAUUUGGAAGCCUGUCAUAGUAUUUUAAGCAACCGCAUAGGUUUUUUAAUGUAUUUUAAUCAGAGCGCCAACAAAGACGCAGAGAAACACGGAGCUAGGUAGCGCUCCGCGAGCCAUCGCCUUUCUCUGCAGCGUAUCAUGUACAAAGACAAACGGUUCCAGCGUACCUGAGGUCCGAGUGACCACGUCGCCUGUGUAAGAUGAAGCCCAGCAGAAUGGCAAGAAGGGAAUGCGCGCGAUUUCUGACUGUACAUGAGGUGAUCGUAAAAAGAACUCGCACACCUUGUAACAGGCAACUCACUUUGAUUGUCGGAAAUGAAAUCCCACCUGAGGAUGACAACUGGAGACACGGUGGAACUAUUUUCGUUCUUGAUGGGCUAUAGGCUGUCAAGGUAUGCACCGAGUACAAAUAAAACAAUUGUUUCGA